AUGUUCGCAGCACAAUAGACCUCCCAAUUUUCCAACGCCAGCAACGAACAAAUUUGUCGCAGACUUUUCCUUCAACCUUCCCCUCCUACACCAGCGACAAGAGUAACAGCCUCCGAGAUAUUCAUACAGCCAUCGAUCAGCAAGCUCACAACAUCAUCGAUCUUGUCCACCUUUCUCCAGGAAAACAGCCAUUUUCAGAACCUGCUGAAGCAUAAGCCCGUCUUAUCCUCUUCCCUGCCUUUUCGCGCGUGAAAGAGCCAACGGAAAACAGCUUUGGUGCUCAUCCUUUCCCCGUCCUUUCAGUUAAUUCAAUCGCCAGCUUACAAAGUACUUCUUUAGUACCUACUCCCCGAUCAGCCAUGGCUGGAGUCGUGGCUCACAAAGUUUUGCCGCUCCUCGCGUCGCGAAUAGCCCAGGCUGCUGUCGCCACUAACGUCCUUCGCUCCGCUUCCACCCUCGUAACCCGCAUCCAGCAGCACAAUCACUCGUCAAUACCUAGUACAAACGACACUGAAGUCCAAGCUAGCAGCAUCACACCUAAACGACGCCGUUCGCAAGCUCCCGCUGCAGGUCCACCUCCCGAUAUAAGCCCGUCGGGACAAGAGUUCGCCAUUCGACCGCAGCCGUUCCUGCCACUCUCGCCUAAACCUCGCAUAGGCGACCCUCCCGAGUUGCUCCCGUUUCACGAGGACGCAUUUAAUCCGCAUCAGCGCUUCUGGCUACGCGGCGAGGACGGGGCUAAUCUGCAUCUGCCGCCGGAACUAGCGACGAGUUUUCCUGUUGAUUCUGACGGCGCAAGUUCUCCGACUCUUCCCAUCCCUUGCUGGUCGGUGCUCUUUAAGGAGAGUAACCUGCAGCAGCAGCAGUACGAGCUCGGCGCGCUCGACGGGCAGCACCAGCCGCAGUGGCCCAGGGAAUGGCUCUGUCAACGGCAGUCGAAGGCGUUUCAGCCGCGCGCGCUGCUCGUCGACGCGAUGGGCACUCUUAUCGAGACAUCGGAGCAGGAGCAUAAGGUGUACGAAUCCGUCGGCCAGAAAUACGGCGUCUCGUUAUCAGCAGAGGAGAUUCUGCGGCGAUACCAAACCGCGUACAGUAAACCGUGGCGGGGGGCGCUUCGAUACGAAGGGGAAGCUUUACCCUUUUGGCAUCACGUUAUAUCGGAGUCAACCGGUUGCUCUAAUCCCAGCUACACGGAGGAGUUGCAUGGCUACUAUGCGACGAACUCUGCGUGGAGAUUGUCCGACCCCCACGCUCACGAAGCCUUCGCCGCAAUUCGCCGCGCGGGAAUCAAAGUCGCGGUGGUUUCCAACUUCGACUCGCGGUUGCGGUCCGUUCUCGAGUCGCUGGGCUGCUUGAAUUGUUUCGACGCGGUCGCCGUUUCGGCAGAAGUGCGGGCAGAAAAACCGAGUCCGGAAAUUUUCCACGCCGCAUGUGACAUGCUAAACGUGCGGCCCGACGAAGUCGUCCACGUGGGCGACAGCAGGAAGAACGACAUUGGCGGAGCGAAGGCGGCUGGAUGCGGCGGCGCGUUGCUGUGGAAAUCCGACGUCAGCUCGUUUGCUGACGUGGCGGCGAGAUUGGGAGUGGAUGUGCCACGUUCGCAUCCGCUUUCCCGACCGUUCUAUCAUCGGGCAUCGGCUACACGACCUCAUGUUAGCGCCCACGCUCCUAUGAUAGCCUGAGCGCCAAUUCCAUUUUCGCCCCUUAUUGGCAGGCUCAAGGGGUCAUUAAUUUUCCCAACGCGGAACUUCGCCACUGGAAUCUGCAACCGCAGCUGUCCGGUUUUCUCUCCGACUGAUAAUCCUCAAAAUCGCAGCCUCCACAGCGGCUCGGGCUUAGGGAUGUUCAAGGCCGGCGUUUUCACUGUGAAGGUGCUCAGGAAGGACCACAGUCCCCACCUAGUAUUCCCAACCUGGAUGUCCACCGCUAGCUGCUGUGUUAGUUUUCCGUAUGUGACCCCUGUUCAAGGAAAGCCGCGAAGCGGGCUGGCUGCUCCAGCUCACUGGUAGUAUCUAAUUACAUCAAGCAGAUAACGCACCCAGUUUAUCAUGUACAUUGUAAUUCUUAGUCAAGCAAAUAAAGCUU